AUGAGCCCUCGGCCAACGCCGACACCACCCUCGCCCUUUCCUCCCCCCUGGCCAUACGGUGUCCCCCCGUUUGGCAACACCCCUAACCCCAAGUUCCCGAAAAAGAAGCCGUUUGAAAAUCCGGCAAUCACAUGGUCAUCCGGGAUAGUCAGCUCCACCGUGUCUAUGUUCCCGCAUGCUUCGGCCCAUGGACCCUAUGCCGAUGUUGUCGCGCUUCAUAAAGUUGACUUGGCGGGUUUGACUCCGCCUCCUUCGGUUAUUGAGACGUGCAAUUUCAUUCAGGUGGACCUGGACCUCAACGACGAGAACUCGCCGGGCAAGAACGCGUACAUCCAGGCAGCCUGCCGAAACUCGAAUGCGGGAUCCCAAACCUACCGAUGCUCCAAGCUUGGCCUCAGGAACUGCUUUUCGAAUAAUGACGGGACCCUGAUCCCGGUGGCCGACAAUGCGGGCAAGUGGUGGGAAACUUGCACGGACUACGAAUUUGACGCAAUCCACCGCAACAUCAAGUGCGCUUGCUGGCAGUCGGACGGCAAGCCGAAUAUCACGGCCGUUGACAUCACCUCGGGGAUCUGGAACGUUGGCGGAGUGCUCUACUGCGGUGGCAAGGCGAAGGCCAAGGAGCUGGGCUUGAACAAUUGCGCAGAAUAGAUUGUGGAAGAAGGUGCUCGGUGGGACGAUAGCUCCCUGUCCUGGAACUCGGUCACUCGGAGUGAGAAUGGAAUGGAAUGGAUGCUGCUUUCUCUGUUACAAGUCACCGUUACAAGUAGCCUUUAAUCAUCCUUAUAAUUAACAUUAUUGCCAGAGACAUUAUUAUCAGAGCUCUGGUGCAUGAUCCGAGUGACACGGCAUCUUCUUGACUUAUUCCGUUCCUCAUCCGGCGGGUCAAUCACUCUUCCGCUCCUCCUUGUCCGGUGGGUCAACCACUAUACCGCUCCGUCUCCGGUGGGUCAACCACGGCCGUGGUUGAGGGUUAGGGUUGGUGGUCAUCCUUCGCUUAUUCCCGACGCGCGGCCGUUGGUGGCC